UCCUCUGGCACUGAAGAUGUUAUGGGAGUUUCCUUUUAGGUUACACAAUGUUCAGAAUGACUCAUGAGAUUUGUAUAUAAACAGCUGUCAGGAUCAACAGAAAUCAUCAGAUCAUCUGCUCUUCAAGUUUACUAUCAGACUACAAUUAUUCAAAUCUCGUUUUGAAAAUGGCAACAACUCUGGGUUUAGUUGGUGGUGAUGGAGGUGAAGAGUUUUCCUUCACUGGUGAGAGUAAUGGUGCCAGUUUAGAGAAGAUCUGGGUUUGGGUUGUAGAAUCAAGGGUGAAGGCGGUCAGGGCCUGGCUUACAGACGGAAGAGACCAAACCUUUGGUAAUCCGGACGGAUCGCAUCAAGAGUAUAUGUUUCAGCCCGGUGAACUCAUCACAUCAUUGUCUCUGUGGGGAAAUGGAAUGGGAACGCGUCUCGGAGCCAUCAAAUUCAAAACCAACCGUGGGGGGGAAUUCUUUGCAAAAAUGACAAGCUGGGGAUUGAAGGCAGAAUAUCCUAUGAAUGUCGGCUCUGGAUUUUGUCUGGGCAUUCAGGGAAGAUGUGGAUCAGACAUCGACAACAUGGGUUUUUUGUUUCUCAAUAAAGUACAAUCAAUACUUCUUACCAAUGUCAAGUAUCCCACUCUUUCUGAGAUGACACCGCAUGUAGUAGUGGAAGAAAUUACAUCUAGUACCUUUGAGAAUGAAACCUCCACCAGUCAAGAGCAAACCAUUGAAAGCUCAAAGAAAAUAACCAGAACAUGCUCAUGGUCUAAUACAACAAGCCUUUCCGCAACAUUCUCUAUGGAGGUGACGGCCGGGAUUGCUAAGACUGUAGAACUUACCACCGGAUUCAGUUUUACAGUAGGAACAGAAAACACUUACAGUAGAGAAGAGACGGAUGAAAGAACUCAAACGAAAUCAUUUAAAAUAGUUGUUCCACCGCAGAAGAAAGUGGCUGUCCUUGUCACCAUAGGCAGGUGCAGUUUUGAUGUUCCUUACACCGGGACAAUGAAGGUCACGACUAAUGAUGGUGCUGUGUUAACAUAUGAAACCAGAGGACAACACAAAGGAGUCACUUACACUGAAAUAAGAGUAAACACCAAAGAAUCUGAUUUCAAAUAAAUUUCUUAAUUUGAUUAAUCAAUCUUUCUACAUUUAAUUGCAGGGUUUCUGAGGUUUGAUUUCAAAAUGAAUAUUUUCAAGUUAAAAUUACUUAAGUUUUCUACUUUAAAUGAAAGAAUAAAUAAAUCACCCAUAUAGUCA